UUGACAUUCACGAGUUACCUCUGCCCACACCCUCACCAUGCCAUUUGCACAGCUGGUAAUAGGCCCUCCUGGUGCUGGUAAAUCCACAUACUGCAAUGGAAUGCAUCAGUUCCUGGGCGCCAUCGGGCGCAAAUGCUCAAUCGUGAACCUCGACCCCGCAAAUGACAAGACCUCAUAUCCGUGUGCGCUGGACGUUCGCGACCUGGUAACGCUGGAGGAGAUUAUGAGUGAGGACCAGCUAGGACCAAAUGGAGGUGUGCUCUACGCUUUAGAAGAAUUAGAAGAGAAUUUUGAAUGGCUAGAAGAAGGGCUGAAGGAACUUGGAGAUGAUUAUAUUCUAUUCGAUUGUCCCGGUCAGGUGGAAAUCUUUACACAUCACUCCUCGUUACGAAAUAUCUUCUUCAAGAUUCAAAAGCUGGGCUAUAGAUUAAUAGUAAUCCAUCUCAUUGACUCCUACAAUCUCACUCUCCCAUCGAUGUAUAUCUCCUCCCUGAUCCUUUGCCUUCGCGCGAUGCUUCAAAUGGACCUCCCCCACUUGAACGUCUUGACGAAAAUGGAUAAUCUCUCCAAUUACGCGCCGCUUCCUUUCAAUUUGGAUUUCUACACUGAAGUCCAAGACCUUUCUUAUCUCCUUCCUCAUCUAGAAGCAGAGUCCUCCCGACUUUCACAUGACAAAUUCGGGCCUCUGAAUAAUGCGAUCAUCGACCUUGUCGAAGAAUUCGGGCUCGUGGGAUUCGAGACCCUAGCGGUCGAGGACAAGAAAAGCAUGAUGAAUCUCCUUCGAGUAAUUGAUCGGGCCAGCGGAUACGUAUUUGGAUCUGCAGAGGGCGCAAAUGACACCGUGUGGCAGGUGGCUGUUCGGGAAGGAUUGGGAACGAUGGAUAUUCGCGAUGUACAAGAACGCUGGCUGGAUGCAAAGGACGAGUACGACGAACGGGAACAAAAGGAGCUGGAAGAAGAAGAAGAGGCUGAAAGGGCCAAGCGCGAGGCAGCUAGUAAUGCGGGAAACGAGAAGGACGACGACGACGACGACGACGACGAUGCUGGGUUCGGGAGGGGAUCCAUACCAGAUGGCGGAGUAAAAGUCAUACGAAAGAAAUGAAUCAAAAAUCAUCAUCAUGUCUACAUUUGUAACAU